AUGAUAGACUUAUCGAAAGUGUGGUUUUUGAACGGCAACCUGUUUUACUGCAAUAAUGAUUUGCAAUCGUUUGAGGUUAAGCUGGAAGUGAAGAAGAAGGCUAGUUCAUCAAAACCUAUUCCCGAAGAACCCUGUAUGUAUUGCCCCAUUUGUGAUGAGGGUUUUACCGACCACGAAAGUAUGGCCUGUCACUGCGAAGACAAUCAUAGCGAAGACGGGGCUAACGGUAAACCCCAGGACUAUACUGUUUUACUGCUUACAUUUGAUACGGUUGGAGAAUUCGAGGAAUGGUUGCAUGAGCAGUGUGAAAGAAGUGGUACUAGUUUUUUCAAGCGAUCAAGUUAUGCCAAGGGCUCGUCGUACUCUUUAAGAUGCAAUCGGGCUGGCACAUAUGAGAAAGCAACCACUUCAAAGGCAACAUCUAGUAAAAAGGAUGUCAUAAGCUGUUCAUGUUUUAUGAACGUUCACAUUGCCGAUGAUGGUAAAGUCAACAUAAAAGGAUGUUUGGGGCAUGUCGGCCACGAUAUAGAGCCUGCGCUGCUCCGUCUUAACAAUACACAAGAACAACUUUUGAGAACUCUUCUCGAAGAGCAUUCAAUGGACUAUAUUUUGCGACGGCUCAAAAGGGACUACUCAGCGAAAACCUCUAGGUUGUGGUUUGUCGAUAGGUCAGAUCUUUGGAAUUUGACAACAAGAUUUGGAUUACGCCCUGGAUAUCGCCACAAGAAUGACAUGAAUUCUUUGAUGCACCGCCAAGCAGAGGAGAACGCGGACGACGGAAUCCGUGUCCUAGAGGUUACUGAUGACCCUAGUGGACGAGGAUUUCGUUUAAGUGAGCUGCUUGGCAUAAUACCUAGAAUUUUGGCAAACAAGCUCAUUUCUUUAGUAAUGAUCACUCCGACACGGUUAGAAUGGUUGAGAAAAUUCUCGCCACGUGGAAUUGCAGUCGACGACACACAUAACGUCACACGUUACAAUCUAAAGCUAGCGACUGUUUCAGUAGCUGACAACAAGAACCGGGGUCUUCCGGCUGCUUUUUUACUGAGCGGCACAAUGACAACAUUGGAUGUGCAGAGGCUCUUUUUGGAGAUCAAGAAGCUUCUGCCUGAUUUCAACCCACAACAGAUAGUUACUGAUGAAGCUCCAUGCUUUUACAACGGAUUUCGAGCUGUUUUUCCGGAAGCACGGACUAAGCUGCACUACUGUAGAUGGCACAUCGACCAAACAUUCAAAAGGAGCGCCACCAGAUUAGUUGCGGCUCGCAUUCGAGGACAAGUAAAGAAAGACCUCAGUGAACUUCUCCUCAUUGCUGACCUCACUUCGUUUGAGUCACGCUUCGGUCAAAUUCUCGGUUUUCUCGAAACAGAAGGUCAAACUGGAAUGGUUAAUUAUCUUAAGGAUAAUUAUUUGGGCAAGACUGCCAGUUGGGCAUCAUUUGCAAACAAAGGUGCCGUGAUGGACACGACGAUGAUUAGUGAGAGGUGGCAUCUGCGUCUAAAAAAGGACUUCCUCCACAGAAAUGCCAACUCAAGAGCCGACUUUCUCGUAGAGCUGCUAAUCAGAGCUGUGGAGGACUUGGCUGAUUCAGCCGAAAUUAGGGAUCGCCGUCGACUCGCAGCAUCCUCUUUCCGUGUUCAGCAGUCCACUAAAUGUCAUAGAUGGGCAUUGAAACACUACGAGAACAGUCCUGAGAAGGUGAAGCGAGUGGCAGAAAAGAAAUGGGAACUUCAGGGAAAAGAUGUGGCGGAAAAACACCAAGUGGUAUACUUGGGUGGAUGCGCAUGUAGUGAAUCCUUGAGUGAAAACGUUCACUGCCCACUCUGCGGUGUCUGUCCUUACUCUUGGCGCUGCAGCUGCUUGGAUAAUAGAGCUAGAAUCAGUUGCCUUCACAGACAUGCGGCAAAAUUAUAUGGAGGAGGCGUUGUAGAAGAACAUCCAUCUACUUCACAAGUCCAUGAAAUACCCCAUACACAGCUAAGUGAGACGAUGUAUGAGGUCGACCAAGUACUUUCCACUCAGGAUCUGGUCACGGCAGCUCAGGAGCGCAAACAACAACGAACUCAAAUAAGGAGUAACAUUGAAAGUAAAUAUGCAGUCCUGAGCGCAAAUGUAAACAUUCUCGUAAACACUGACACAGAAGAAGCGGCGGAAACGCUCAAGAAGAUUUAUGAUCUUGUUGAUCAAGCAUCAAAAUUAAAAGUCAGUCAGCCCUCUACAGAAGGAGUGCAUAUCGCUGCUAGGCCAGAGCUGACUAAACCCGGAGCAAAACCUCAGCUCACUAAGGCAGAGCUUUACACACGCUCCCAAUAUCGAAGUAAAAAGAAGAAAGAAAAGAGCAAAGAGGGCAAUUAA